AGUAGCAGUAGCUAGCUAGUCCAGUCAGUGGAGUUGUGUAUCUAUACACAUGUGGCAUUUUAAGUAACCCUUUAAGGACCUGUAUUUAUGUAAGGAUACAUCAAUGAGGCAUGACGCGACUGUUUAUCUUUGCGCAGAGGAUUUGUUUGACCUGGGGAUAGCCAUUCGUUGACUUCGGUCGUUUCCUCUCACAGCCCAACUAUGAGCACGCUUCAAAUCACCAGCAGUCCAUUGCCAGCAAUCAGCUCGGGACUGGCUAAAAUCUUUGGAUUGCUGGACACCGCAGUUGAAUACCUGAUGGUGCAAAAAGAUUUCCAGAACGCCUUUGAAACAUGCGAGAGAGGGUUGGAACACCUGGACAGAGUGCUAGAAGUGGAGGACAGCAGGUACGGGGAGCUGAAGGCGUCCCUGUGUAUAGUUGGGAUUCAGGCGCUGGCAGAACUGAACCAAUGGCGUGGAGUUCUUGGCUGGGUCCUGCAACAUUAUGACUGCGCUGAUAAAAUGCCAGCUAAAAUCAUGCAAAUGUGCAUCCUUCUCUACUCUAAAGUGGGCGAACACACCACAAUGCAGGAUGCAGGCCACAUGUGGCUCCACUGUCCUGAGAACAGCAGCAUAUCUGGCUAUGCCACCGUUGCAGAGCUGUACCUUCUGCAUGUGCUCAUCCCCCUGGGCCUGGCAGAGGAAGCCCAGCGGCUGGUGUCGGAGGAAGUGGGCAAUGUCGCGUUUACGACAGAGCAACGGCAGGUGGCGCUCGACUUAUUAGAGAGACAGAAACAGACUGAGGGGAGAACGCCCUCUUCCAAUCCAGGCCCUGAGGAAGGUUCACAGAUGACCACAAAGCCUACUCCAGGUCCUGUGGUCCGGAAGCUGCUGACGAUGUUGAGACUGUUACAAAGUGGGAUCUCUUCAGUCAUGACCAGAUGGAGGUUCAUCCCUGCCCGACGUCUUCUGUUGGCCGUGCUGCUGCUUUAUCUGCUGCUGGUCAGAAUGGACCCUGCUCUUCCGUCCUCGUUCCCCUGGGUCUUCAAACUGCUGGGGCUCCUCAGGCAGAUGUGGCACGCCAUGUUUGGGCCAUACUACAGAGCCAAUGCAACCGCCUGAACUUGAAGCCAGUUGGUUUUUGUUGUUAUAUGACCCAAAGCUGAUGCACUUGAGAGACUCUGUGAAAAACAAGUAUUCUGUGUGUACAUGUGCGUUGCAAUGGGUUGUGAUGGAUGGAUGACGGUGUUUUGCAUAACUGAACGCCACCUGAUGAAACUGUUGUUUUUGGUGAAAUAACUAGAACUGGAAUGGAGCUGAUGGGUCUUCUAGAAAGCAGAUUUAGUCUCUUUUCUGGUUACCGUAUGUCCACUCUGAGCAAGAGGUAAAUUUAAUAAUAUAAGUGACCUGUGUGGCUCUGUUUUGAUAGAAGGAUGAAAUCCCAGUCUCUUUUAUUUGAUGAUUUAUGAUUCACUCUGGGUUAAACUGGCUGGGUUAGUCGCUAAGCCAUGUUUUUGGAAUAUGGCCCUGAGGCAUAUACUGCAAAGCUGGUUCAGGAUAAGUUAAGGUUAAGAGGUAAAUAACCUAAUAGAAAAUCCUGGAGUCCUCAUUAUCUUAAGAAAAGCUCUUGUAUUAGAUGAUUUACCUCUUAACCUUAACUUAUCCUGAACCAGCUUUGCAGUAUAAGUCCAUGGUCUGCGGAGGUUUAAUUGCCUUUUAGUUCGGGAAAGAUAUGGAUUUUUAUUUAUUUUUCAUUAAAUCUGUGAACAAUUGCUUCCAAUAGUUUUUUUUACCAUGAAUUUUUACAAGUCUUAAAACACGUCUCAAUUUUUCCACGACCAAAGUCACAGGCAAUUGCCUGUAGAGCCAAAGUUGGGAUGCCUAUGGAUCUUGUUGUAAAGUCCACAGUAAACCCAGAAAUGUUGAAUACAGUUUUAUUGCAGAAAUGUCA